ACACCCCCUCCUCUGCCUCCUCCCAGGGCUGCCCAGGCACCGCUCCAGUACCACCCAGCCUCCCUCCAUGAGACAGACACCCAAGGACCAUUCAUACACACAAGAUGAUUAGGAAGAUAACCUUCAGCAUGGGAAGACAUGUGUCCUCCAUGGCACGUGGGGCCACCCAGGUGAGAAGACUUCUGCAUGGUGGUUAUGUCAGGAUUCACCCAUCUGUACAGGAAGCUCUGGUGGAGGGGAGACCCGUGGUAGCCUUGGAAAGCACCAUCAUUACACAUGGCAUGGCCUAUCCUCUCAACUUGAGCAUGGCCAGAGAGGUGGAAGAAAUUGUGAGAACAAAUGGAGCAGUGCCAGCCACUGUAGGUAUUUUAAGGGGCCAAAUCCACGUGGGACUCACAGAUGAGGAACUUGAAUUCUUGGCAAGCAGUAAAAAUACAGUUAAAGUGUCUCGCAGAGAUUUUCCUUUUGUCCUCAGCCAGGGCUUGUCCGGUGGCACUACCGUGUCUGGAACAAUGAUCGCAGCACACAAAGCAGGAAUUCCUGUGUUUGUGACAGGUGGCAUAGGAGGUGUCCAUCGGGAUGGGGAGAACACUCUGGAUGUGAGUGCUGACCUGACAGAGCUCGGACGAACACCGGUGGCUGUUGUAUCCGCAGGAGCCAAGUCUAUCCUCGAUAUUGGCAGGACACUGGAAUAUCUGGAGACUCAGGGUGUGUGCGUGGCUGCCUUUGGAGAAUCAAGAGAGUUCCCAGCCUUCUUCUCACAUCAGAGUGGCUUCCAAGCACCAUACAAUGUCCAGGAUGAAGAGGAGGCAGCUAAACUCAUUGACAGUGCUCUGGGGCUGGGCCUGAGCAGCGGGGUGCUGAUAGCAGUGCCCUGUCCCCAGGAGCAAGCUGCCGAGGGCCAGGCCAUCGAAGAGGCCAUCCAGCAAGCUCUCAGCCAAGCCAGGUCCAAAGGAAUCAGAGGCAAAGAAGUGACCCCCUUUUUGUUACAGAAGCUCACAGAAUUAACUGAUGGGAAAUCGCUGGACUCUAACCUUGCACUGAUCCAGAACAAUGCCAGAGUGGGCAGCUGCAUUGCAGUGGCCCUCAGCAAGCUACAGAAAGCCAGAAGGAAUGGGAACCAGCCUGGGCGAAGGGACAUGACCACACCAAAACCAGUGGUGAUUGGCGGUAUCAACGUUGACUUUAUAGCCAAGGCACAGAACUCUGAGAUCCUGGGUGGUGGGCAAACAAAUGCUGGAAGAGUGAGACGAACCUUUGGCGGUGUUGGAAGGAACUUGGCAGACUGCUUGAGCCGUCUUGGACAAGCUCCUCUCCUUUUAUCAGCCGUGGGAAAGGAUGAGCAUUUAGAGUCUGUCCUGCACUACUGCCACCACAUGGACAUGAGCGGUGUCCUUCAGCUGGAGGGGAGGAGCACAGCCACUUACUGUGCCGUGGUCACCAGUGCUGGGGAGCUCAGCGUUGGCUUGGGAGACAUGGACAUCCACCACCAGAUAACAGAGCAAUAUGUGUUCCAGUUCAAGGAGAACCUGUGUCAGGCCCCACUUGUUUGCAUUGAUGGAAAUGUGCCUCUCUCCACUAUUCAGUACAUCUGCCAACUAGCUAGAGAGCACCAGCUAGCAGUGUGCUAUGAGCCAACAGACGAGAACAAGGCCUCUAAGCCAUUCCUCUCAGACAGCUGGAAAGCACUCACGUACAUUUCCCCCAACCUGCAAGAGCUGAGAGCAAUAAAUCGGACCCUCGGGAACCCUAUGCCAGCAGAGUUGCCGUCCAGGUUGGAGGAUGUUGUCCAGGCUGCAGUGGCCCUGGCCUGCCCUUUGCUGGCCCAUCUGCACUGUGUGGUGGUGACCCUCGGCGCUCACGGCGUCCUCUUGUGCGGCAAGAGCCUGGGUGGGAGCAUCUCCCUUUAUCCAGGAGCUCACCAACAGGCUGCUGCUGCCAGGCUCUGUGCUGCCCACUACCCCGCCAUCCCCAUCAGCAGGGAGGAGAUAGUCAACGUCUCAGGAGCUGGUGACAGCUUAAUGGCAGGAAUCCUUGCAGGGAUGCUUGCUAAACAUGACACAGGUACAUGUGUCCGAAUGGGUCUGCUGGCUGCCAGCUUGUCUCUUCGUUCCUAUGAGCCCAUUUCCCCAGAAAUCAGCACUUCCAGUGUCAGCCAGGAGCAAGUCAGGAGCAGGAGCUGGCCAGAGGCAAAGGUAUGGAAGAUGGAAUAGAACACUGUGGCUUUCUCAUCUAUCACCUCAUUGCACUUGCAGCCAUCCUAUUUUCAGGAACUGGACUGUGUUUUGAGCUUUGAGAACAUUUAUCUGCUUUGGUCCUGAGUAAACCCUCAAGAAAGGAAAUCCCUACCCAGGGAACUUCUGUGGAAUGAAAAGCUGAUUUCUAGUAUUUCAGACCUCCUGGUUUUCUGACCUCCAGGCCUUCUAGAUUUUCUAUUGAGGGAAUUUUCUCUUCCUCCACCUUGUGUCACUGUUGUCCAUUAUCACAGUAGUUCCUCUGUCAUUGACUCCUGGAUCUUCAGGACCAUGUCUCUUCAGCUGGGCCCAGCAGCAACAUCUGCUCUUGCUGCUUACUCUUUCCUAUCCCAUGGAUCACAGCCGAUGGCAGGGUGCAGCUGGCAGGAACAUGACACUGUAGGAUAAUCUUAUCCAUCUUCCCAAGCCAGCCAGCAUACACCACACCUUCUUGCUCUGAAGUCCCAAUGCCCCUGGAGAAAGUAGCCAAGACAAAGUAAAGAAGAGUGACCAGGCACCAGCUGGUGGCCUUUAACAGAUGAUAGCCCCUUGUUCCACAUGCCUUCCUCUGAACUUGGGGCUUCCUUCCUCCUUCUUAAGUCCUGCGUGUCAAGUCUGAAGCAAAAGAGAUCAGAGGGAGCCAAGGCAUCUCCCAUGGAAGCCAUGAGGAAAAGUCACCUUCUCUCUCUAAGCGUGUAAUGUGCACAGGAUGCAACUGUGGGUGCCAACAGAUCAGUGAACACUGAAACUCAUUAAAACUGAUUUCUAGUAGAGUUGGGUCUCACUAGCUGGUUCCUAAACUGACUGAUAGUAAACCUGGAGUACAGACUCACCCUCUGUUUCAUCCAGAGACCAUGGUCAGACCCCUUGGCUGAGGAGCAGCUCCCUGGUGUCCGACACAGAACUGAGGUCAACCAAAGCUUGAUCAGGACAGCUCUAACAUCACUCUCCUGGAUGGGUUCUGCUGUUUAACCAGUGGGCUCCCACUGCAAUUGAUAGAGGCAUUAACUGGGUGCCUUUCUCCCACCUGAGGCUACUUCCACCAGGCUCUUAGCAACUCCUUCCCUCUGAGCCCACGCCUUUCCAUCAGACACACAUUUACCAUCAGCUUUCCUUUACUGAACCCUUGUUUGCAACUGUGGUUCAGCUGAAAGAUUCUGUGCUCAGAUGGCACACACCCAUGUGUGCAGGGACAGGGUGGCUGUGGCAGAAGGGUGCUGGGAUGGUUGGGAACACAAGGGAGGGGGAUUGGGUCUCACAUGAGCAGCUGGGUUUGCUCACAAGCUGAGAAGUGGGACGCAGUAGGGCAGGAGAGGAGGGCUGUGCCCCCAAGGUAUGUCCCUGCACUAUAAGAAUCACUUUGGCUGGAUCCAGAGUCAAGGGAAAAAAGCAGCUUCCACCUCUGCUACUGGCUGCAACAGCCUUGUCCAGGCAGAAGGACCCUGAGCAAAGGCAGGACCUGAGGAUGGAUGUCCAGGCACUGGCAGUCACCACGCUCCUCCUGGUACUGCUCUGCUCAGCCCCAGCACCAUCUGGGGCACUGGAGAGCCAGGCCAGCAACCUGGAGAGGCAGGCAGCGGCUGGGCUCCCUGCAGAAACCCCUUGGCCACUUGAAGAUGGAGGGGACAAGCUACCUGGGCAGGGCUCAGAGAGGAGCCACCCUCUGGCCAGUGCAUGGAAAGUGGUGAGAGAGGCACACCCCAGCUUAGGGUCCCUCAGCAAGGCCAUGGCCAAAGCUCUCCUGGGCAGUGGGGAGCAGGUUGCCCCUGGCAAGCCCUGGAGGCUCCCACUGCAGCCUUCCUGCAGCAGGAUGGUGAGGCUGAGCCUGAAGGACCACAGGAAGUUCAACAGCAACACGGUAGGUACAGAGAGGGACAGAGUUUGCGCUGGGGUUGCACGGUGAGCGGGGUACCAGUCAGGAUCAGACAGGACAGCAGGAGCAGGACAAGCUGAACAUGCCAUGAUCCUACAAACACCAGGUAGAAAAGGUGUUUUUGAGGCCAUUCCUCUUAAGAUGCAUGUAAAGGUGCCAGUCACAACAUGGCCUCUCAACACAGCACAGGUCUGAGAAGGGAGUGGGGCAGUGACAUCCCCAGAUCCCCAGCUGGCACCUGGCAAGGCUUAGAGCAGAGCUGAUGGCUGUGAGCAGCUCAGGGUGAGGGUGCAGGUCUGGCUGCAAUUGUCCCCAUGUGCUGCCCUCAGAGCUGCAGGGACAGCCCUGCUCCAGCCCCAGCCCCUGCAGUGUUCACUCUGUGCAGUGCUAACAAAGCUCUCCAAGCUCUGCCAUGGGACACCAUGCCCUGAUGCCCUGAUGGGCACAGCUCCUCUCAGCACUGCCCUGAAGGAGGCACAGCCUUUCUCUGCCCAUGGGAAAUCUGCUCCACGGGCUCAGCACAGAAUCCCACAAAUAACCAACUUCUCCUUUAUCAAACCCAAACCACACUUUGGUGGCACACAAGUAGACCUUGCCUUAACCACAAAGUGCUGGGUGACGCCGUGCCAAAUGCCACUCAGCUGGGGCGGGUGCCACCACAGCAAAAGGGCAGAGGCACUGCAGGGGUGUGUUGUGGCUGUGGGGGCCAGCUUAGAGUGUUUCCAGCCAAAACCAGUAAUGAACUGCCCCUGGAAGCACUUCCUUAGGCCCCAGCUUCUCCAGCUCCCUGCAAUGAAGCUGCUGCUCUAGACCCUGGUGAGCUGCUUGUGCUGCUACUGCAGUGACGGUGCAGUUGGGACUGGGCUGGUCCUGGCUGCCAUGGGCAUUGCAGCCGCCACUUCCCUUCUGUCUGCAGCACUCCUGCCACAGCAUCCAGUCCCAGAGGCCAGAAGCCCUCUGACUGCGGUGGCUGCCUGGGGCUCUACACCUGCAAGCUGCCUGCUGGCACCUGCAACCUGAAAUCUAUCUCCAGGCAGAGAGGUGAGUUCUAAGUCUCCUGGCAACUGGCAGCAGGGAUCUCCACAUGCAGCUAAGUGCAAACACACCCCCUUGGUUGCAACACUCCAAGCCCAAAUCUGACUGCCCCAUGCAGGGCUGGGUGUAGUCUCUUGACUGCCCAAAGCUGUCUGUCUGUCCUGACAGCAGUAGCUACAGGUAAAUCAACAACUGCAUGGUGGAUGGGAUAUUCCCAAAACUUUCUGGGAGGCCUGGGAUUUCACAGGUUUCCUGAGCUGUCACAGGACACCGACAGCUGGAAAACCAAGGAGGGGUACAGCGCUUGGGAUUUAGCCAGCAGCUUGGGAGUCAGCCAGUGCAGUCCUGCACAUCAUGGGCCCUGCAGAGCUGCUCACACUGGUGUGUGAGAGCUGUUUAAUUAGGCAGGAACUGUCAGGGAGCAGAGAUCACAGCUUUUAAUGUUUAACCAGUGUCCUGAUUCUCCAGCACCCUUUGGUAAAUCCGUACUGUCCCCAGAUUGGCCUCUGGCCCCAGCACGUUUGCCCACACCCUUGUACACAUGGUCAUGGAGCAGAAACUCGUCCAAGGCUGCUAAACAGAGACCCAGCUCUGGUGCAGGAAACCCCUAACCCUAGAGUAGGCAAGUUUAAUGUUUGUGUACAGUACAGUGUGUGUGUGUGUACAGAAUAUAGGGCAUCCCCAGUGUUUGUGCUCUGUUCAUAGUCUCCUCUGGUCACCUUCUGCUGGCAGCCUCCAUGGUAGGACACACAGACCCAUGGUCACACCUAGCACAGAUGGUCUUAUGGCUUUUCCUUACAGGUGGCUUCCUCCAAAACAUACAGAGCCCUUAGAUGAAGAGUCAAGCUCAUCUUGGAGCAGCACAGCUCAAACUAAAGCUGAAGAGGUUGUCCUGCAGCUGGAGACCAAUACUUCCUGUCCAAGUUUCUUUUUAAAUCCUUAAUGACACAGUUGUAAAUGUUUCUUUCAUUGUACUUCUCUUGCUGCUGCUUUUUAACACCCCCUUUGGAUUUUGUACAUUAUAUAGGCUUGAUUCCUACUUUCCUGAGAGCAGACAAUAAAUGCACUGAGUUGUCAUGG